AUGGCAUCUCCUAAGAGACGAAAACCACGACCUCCACGUGGCCGAGGCCUUCGGUCCACCGUCGGCUGCCUCACUUGUCGUAGUCGGCGGCUAAAGUGCGAUGAGGCUCGGCCUACAUGUCUCAAUUGCGCAAAGUCCUCGAGAGAGUGCUCUUACUUGCAGCAAGCGCCAGUCGAUGAUGAAAAUACAGUCAGUUCGGCCACCACAGACACUCGUGAGCGACCUGCAAGCGGUAAUCUCCAGGACUUACGUGCUAGAGUCAAUGGAAACUCAACCAUCGUUGGGCAACGAUCCAUUUCCGAGGAGCCUUUGGCAUUCAAUGACUCGUCUCUGUCGGAUAGCUUUGAAACAGAAGCAUUUCGGGGCCCCACCGAUUUUGUGCGCUCGCCCUCAACAACUGCGAGUUUUACCGCCGGCACAGCGCCGUAUCAAUGGUAUGAAUUGAUCGCACAAGAUGCUUGGAAAAACGCCGAGAGCUAUCACUACCUUACCAGCCACGGGUCGAGAUGGAGCUUCAAUUCCGACGGCCUGAUGACACUCAACACGCUUGCCUCUCCCGCGUCCAGUGUCAUUCAGUCACCGGAAACCCGAGCUCCAGCGGUAUUAGCGUCGCGGUCAGACCCUGCUUAUCAAGUGCCUGAUCAUCAGCCAUGGAAUACGCUCAAGCGCCCUUUGCUGAAACCACGGGAAGUGCAAUAUCUUCAGCACUAUAUCGACUUCGUUGGACCUUUUCUAGACCUGUUCGAUUCUCACCAACACUUUACGACAGACGUGCUGCGUCUCGCACUACGCAAUGAAGGUCUCCUGAAGUCUAUACUUGCACUAGCAGCAUCUCACAAAUCUACUUACCCCGUCGAGUCUCAAAAGAUCUUGUCCGUUGACAGCCUUCUGCUGGGCGAUCAGGCCUCCCGCCCACAGAAGUCCGAUCGCGAGCUUGCGGUCGAGUACUAUUACGAGACUCUGGGAUAUCUGUCCCAAGCGAUGCGAAUCCCGGGAUAUGCACAUAGCCAAGAGAUUCUUGCCAAUGCCGUUCUGAUCAGCUGGUUUGAGGCCUUUGAAUCUGACUCGUCCCAAAACUGGGAAAGGCAUCUCAAAGGUGUAUUCUGGAUUCAACGGAGCCAAGAUGUGAACGGGGAGUCAGCUGGUACCCCAGGAGCGAUCUGGUGGAGUUGGUUGCGCCAGGACCUUUGGGCAGCUUUCAGGAACGGUAGACGACCUUUGACCAUCCAUGUACCGACCAAGCUUGUCAACCAGUUAAGUCCAGAUGAGCUCGCUUGCCGUGCUUUGUUCUUGCAGGCAAGAGUAGUCUCGUAUGCCUCCAUAGAAGCACAUGAGACAGCAGAUCUCGAGCAACGGAUGGCUGAGGGAAACGAGCUGCUUUCACUCCUGGAAGGGUGGCGCAAUGCAGCGCCCCAGAAUACUCUCCAGCUUGAUGUUGCCUUCCAAUCAGCGUCAAAGUCAGCAUACCCUCCUGUCUGGAUUCAUCCACCGAUAUUUGCGGCAGCCAUGCAGGCCUACAACUCCGCCAAAAUACUGCUCCUCCUCAAUCAACCAUCUCGAGGGGGACGUGAGGAGUUCCACAACCGGCAAAAGUUACUUGAGGAGUCUGUCGCAUCAAUUUGUGGCAUUUCCGCUGCUCCGAAUGCGACUCAUCCCCCACUAGCGAUGGCCAACUCUCAGGCCUUGUUCAUAGCCGGCCAAGCCUUGCAGAAACCCGAGAGCCAGCGCGAGCUUCUGCAUUUGUUGCGAACAUCACUCGAAGCAGCCAAAAGCCCUUUUACAACACUCGAAACGGAACUCAGACAAUCAUGGGGCCUCUUAUAA